AGUGGAAGGCUCCAUGUCUGCGUUCCUCGCUAGAAUCUCAUUCUCAGCGUCUCUUUCUUUCCCUGGACCGCGCGAAACACGUCAAUCUCAUUUCCCUUCAAAACAAAAACGCAGUGUUUGAAUCAAACUGGUUUUCCUCCACCACCCUUCUCUAUAUAUACCCCUAAACGCAACGCAACCAAACAAUCCCCUCCACCACCACGCUAACCCUAUCUAGUAUCUAUCACCAUUCAUCCCUCGCCACACGCCUCAUAAAGUCUUGUCCUUUCCCCCCUUUUCCGCCACCCAUCAUGGCCAUUCCCUACCCCCAUUUCAUCGCCACCGCCAAAGCCGCCCUGGACGCCGGCCUCCACGCGCCCUCCUCCUCCGCCAUGCUCUCCCAGGACGACCUCAAGAAAAUCGCCGCCUACAAGGCCGUCGAGUACGUGGAGUCCGGCAUGGUCCUCGGCCUCGGCACCGGCUCCACCGCCCGCCAUGCCGUCGACCGCAUCGGCGAGCUCCUCCGCCAGGGCAAGCUCAAGGACAUCAUCGGCAUCCCCACCUCCAAGAAGACCCACGAGCAGGCCCUCUCCCUCGGCAUCCCCCUCUCCGAUCUCGACGCCCACCCCGUCGUCGAUCUCGCCAUUGACGGCGCCGACGAGGUCGACCCCUUCCUCAACCUCGUCAAGGGUCGCGGUGGCUCCCUCCUUCGGGAAAAGAUGGUGGAGGGUGCGUGCAAGAAGUUUGUGGUUAUCGUUGAUGAGUCCAAGCUCGUUAACUUUUUGGGGGGUAGUGGGUUGGCCAUGCCGGUUGAGGUUAUUCAGUUUUGUUGGAGUUUCACUGCCGCGAGGCUGCAGAAGCUCUUUCAGGAUGCUGGCUGUGUUGCUAAGCUCAGGGUUGGGGAAAAGGAUGAACCUUUUGUUACUGACAAUGGGAACUAUAUUGUGGAUUUGUAUUUCGAGAGGAGUAUUGGGGAUUUGAAGGCUGCCAGUGAUGCCAUUUUGCAGCUUGCGGGGGUUGUGGAGCAUGGCAUGUUUCUCGAUAUGGCUACUACUGUGAUUGUUGCAGGGGAGCUUGGCUUGACGGUGAAGAAUAAGUAGGGGUUUUUGGAGAAUAAUGUAGGGUAAGGGAAGGUGGAGGCUUGACUUGCGGUUCUAACACUUUGUGUGGUAUGGUGUAUUAGUAGAGGUGGGGAGGGGGGAUUUUUAAUGAAAUCCUUUUGUUACUGAAUACAAUUGUUGGAGAAAGUUUCUUAUUUCUCCGGUAGUUUUGUUUUUCCUUUUAGUUUGAGCAAGCAGAAAAAAAUGGAAACUUGUUGGGGAGAUGAAUAUUAGAAUAUUCAUCUCAUGCAAUGACUGUUGUGUGGUGCUGAAUCAAUUGUCUGCACAAUUUGUUGUUGAAUUGACAGUGUUUAACAUAUUGAAUCUAUCUAAUUCCAAUUCAUUUUC